AUGUCUGAUGGGUGGUUCAAAACAGGGGAUGUGGCGAUUUGGGAUGAGGAUGGGUCUUACUUGCCUCCCGCCGAGUUGGAAGCGGUCCUCCUUACUAAGGGGAUCCUUGACGUCGGCGUCAUCAAAGCGUAUGAAUUCGGGGUUUGGGAAUGGACUAAGCCGAGGGUUGCGGUGCACAAAUGGGUAAGGGAUUGCGUUGUGGUAGUUGGCACUAUUCCCAAAAGGAACAAUCGACUAGAAGGGUGCCAAGGAAUGGCCAGGGAUUUGCGUGGGUGUUUGGCUUUUAAGGAUCAAGGUAUUAAUUACACUGCGCCUGGACCGAACGCUGUUGCCCGGACCAACUCCGAGUUAGAAGCGUACGCAGUAAAGUCGAUUAUCAGGGGGGUGAAUCGAUGUAUCUAA